AUGUUUUCUCGCAGAUGCUGGACUCAAGUCCGAGCCAUCAAUGGCGGCUCUUUCCUCUUGAAAUCCAUCCUCAACCUGUCCACAACAACUACCCAUAAGGCGCUCACCCAGAAUGCUGAUACGGUGGAUUUUCUCGUCAACUCACUGGACUUCUCCAAAGAUGCUGCCGUUGCCACUUUGAGUAAGGUACCUAGCUCUCGCCCUUUUCAGAAAACGCCGAUUCAAGAACUUGGCCUAUCCGGGACGGACCUAAUCGAAGUUUUGAUGGCACACAAAUCAAUCUGGAGUUUAGGAUUGGAUAAUCAAAUCAAAUCCCGAGUUUUGUAUUUACGAGAAUUGGUGGGUUCUGACGAUAAUGUAGUUAAAGUUAUUAAGAGAUAUCCUUUGGUGCUUGGCCGUUUGGACACGGAGAUGUUGGAGAAUAAUUUUAAGCUGCUGAGAAACUAUGGGUUCACGCUUCAAUGUGUUGCAGGAUGGAUAACUAAGAAGCCACGGAUCUUUUUUGUCAUGAAGCCUGAGGAGAUGGAGGAGAUUCUGAGCAGAGUAGAAAAUGAUUUGGGCAUUCCUCGUGGAUCAAAUAUGUUCCGCUAUGGGUUUGAGGUAGUCUCUUCCUUUACUAGGUCAAACAUUGAUGAGAAAUUGAGGGUGUUCCGAAGUCUUGGCUGGUCGGAAUCUGAGAUGUUUAGAAUGGUUAGGACGCAUCCAUUUAUUUUAACCAGGUCAUCUCUUAGUAUACAGAAAGCUGCUGAUUAUUUUAGGAACGAAGUUGGGUACAGCCUGGACUACAUGGCUUCCCAUCCGGUUCUUUUCACCAUCAGUUUGGAAAAGAGGGUGAAGCCACGGAACGAAGUUUUGAGAAUAUUAAACGAGAAGAAGUUGAACAAGUUGAAUACAGUUUUAUAUACUGUUUUGAUCAAGCCAGAGUCAAAGUUUCUGAAGUAUUAUAUUCUUCCAUACACGGAUAUAUUACCAGAUUUGUAUGAAACUUAUAUGAGGAAAGCUGAAAUGCCAAAGAUCAAACUGUAGCAUUUGAUGUUUUAUAGGUAAGAAAUUCUUCAAUUUGAGACUGUUUUUGUUCAUGUUUCCAUCUUGGUUUUACUGAUUUAUCUGAGUCUGUCUCGCUAAUUGUAAUCUGGAACUAUGCUGCAUCCUCUAGUUUGUAAUUUGUUGUCUUAUCCCUGAAGGAGCAUGUCGUGCAAGCUUUAUGAAUUUGAAACAGCCGACCUUAUGAUGAAAAUGCACUUAUAAUUAUUCAAUCAGCAGAUAAUUAUACUUGUUAUCAGCAAUAUGAACUGUUGAUUUUCUCUGUUGUCUUAUCAAAACUUUUCCUUAUUGUGAAUAUCUAUCUUGUUUAUGUUAUGACUGAAUUUAGUGUAUCUUUUGUUGUUUUGUGGGAUUGUUGUCGUCACUGGUAGUUAUGAAUUUCUUAUAGGUUCCGGCUGUUUGAACUUUGCUAUUUUUGAAUCAGGAAAAUCGUCUUUAAACAUCUAUAUUACCCCGUUCCACUUUGAAAAUAGGACAUGGAAGUAUGCUUAAAUUUUCAAUCAUUUUCUACCAAUGAGUUGGAUUUUAGCAUGAUUGGAGAUGGAGCUAAUAACGUCGAGAAAUAUAAUGGUACACAUAGUAGUAUAAUUCUAGCUAAACAAUGAGAGGGAGUAGAUACUGUAUGCAUGUUAAGUAUUUGAGCUAAUAUUAUGAAUAAUUAUUGGAAGUGAAG